CAGGCAUUCCAGGGCCAACAUUCCCAAACCACCCUCACCUGCGGGGGCUCGGAAUCCUGGGCCAUAAGGCCGGGGCAGGACUCGGAGAUGUCCCUGCUGCUCAGACGGGGAAACUGAGGCACAGGGCUUGCCCCUGGGCUGCCCAGAAGGACAAGGCUGCGAGAUUUCAUAUUCGGGGUCUCCGGGACAUGGACUGCACCCAUUUCUGGUGUCAUCUCUCGCUGCCCCAUCCUCGCCAUGCGGACCCAGCGAGAGCCCCCCCCUCGUCCGGCCCUGCUGGUCCUGCUGCUGCUACUGAGGGGCUCCCACGGCCUCUUCCCUGAGGAGCCGCCGCCGCUCAGCGUGGCCCCCCGGGACUACCUGAACCACUACCCGGUGUUCGUGGGCGGCGGGCCCGGACGCCUGACCUCCGUAGAGGGCGCUGAGGACCUCAACAUCCAGCGCGUACUGCGGGUCAACAGGACGCUGUUCAUUGGAGAGAGGGACAACCUGUACCGGGUGGAGCUGGAGCCCCCCACGUCCACGGAGCUGCGGUAUCAGCGGAAGCUGACCUGGCGCUCCAACCCCAGUGACAUCGAUGUGUGCCGAAUGAAGGGCAAGCAGGAGGGCGAGUGUCGAAACUUCGUAAAGGUGCUGCUACUUCGCGACGAGUCCACGCUCUUCAUGUGUGGCUCCAACGCCUUCAACCCCGUGUGCGCCAACUACAGCAUGGACACACUGCAGCCCCUCGGGGACAACAUCAGUGGCAUGGCCCGCUGCCCAUAUGACCCCAAACAUGCCAACGUUGCCCUCUUCUCUGACGGGAUGCUCUUCACAGCCACCGUUACCGAUUUCCUCGCCAUUGAUGCCGUCAUCUACCGCAGCCUUGGGGACCGGCCCACCCUGCGCACCGUGAAACAUGACUCCAAGUGGUUCAGAGAGCCCUACUUUGUCCACGUGGUGGAGUGGGGCAGCCACGUCUACUUCUUCUUCCGGGAGAUUGCGAUGGAGUUUAACUAUCUGGAGAAGGUGGUGGUGUCCCGUGUGGCCCGGGUGUGCAAGAAUGACGUGGGGGGCUCCCCUCGUGUGCUGGAGAAGCAGUGGACGUCCUUCCUGAAAGCACGCCUCAACUGCUCGGUGCCCGGAGACUCCCACUUCUACUUCAACGUGCUCCAGGCCGUCACGGGCGUGGUCAGCUUGGGGGGCCGGCCCGUGGUCCUCGCUAUCUUCUCCACUCCCAGCAACAGCAUCCCCGGCUCGGCCGUCUGCGCCUUUGACAUGACGCAGGUGGCUGCUGUGUUCGAAGGCCGCUUUCGAGAGCAGAAGUCCCCUGAGUCCAUCUGGACACCUGUGCCGGAAGAUCAGGUGCCUCGGCCACGGCCUGGGUGCUGUGCGGCUCCUGGCAUGCAGUACAAUGCUUCCAGCGCCUUUCCCGACGAGAUCCUCAACUUCGUCAAGACGCACCCCCUAAUGGACGAGGCCGUGCCCUCGCUGGGCCACGGGCCCUGGAUUGUGCGGACACUGAUGCGGCACCAGCUGACACGGGUGGCCGUGGACGUGGGUGCUGGCCCCUGGGGCAACCAGACCGUUGUCUUCCUGGGAUCCGAGGCGGGCACUGUCCUGAAGUUCCUCAUCCGGCCCAACGCCAGCACCCCGGAGACCGCAGGCCCUACUGUCUUCCUGGAGGAGUUUGAGACCUACCGGCCGGACAGGUGUGGACAGUACAGCAGUGGCAAGACAGGGCGGCGGCUGCUGAGCUUGGAGCUGGACGCGGCCUCGGGCAGCCUGCUGGCGGCCUUCCCCCGCUGCGUGGUCCGUGUGCCGGUGGCCCGCUGCCAGCAGUACUCGGGGUGCAUGAAGAACUGUAUCGGCAGCCAGGACCCCUACUGCGGAUGGGCCCCAGACGGCUCCUGCAUCUUCCUCAGCCCCGGCACCAGAGCCACCUUUGAGCAGGACAUCUCUGGGGCCAGCACCUCAGGCUUAGGGGACUGCACAGGGCUGCAGCGGGCCAGCCUCUCCGAGGAGCGUGCCGGGCUGGUGUCGGUGAACCUGCUGGUGACCUCGUCGGUGGCGGCCUUCGUGGUGGGCGCCGUGGUGUCCGGCUUCAGCGUGGGCUGGUUCGUAGGCCUCCGUGAGCGGCGUGAGCUGGCCCGCCGCAAGGACAAGGAGGCCAUCCUGGCGCACGGCGGCGGGGAGGCCGUGCUGAGCGUCAGCAGGCUGGGUGAGCGCCGGGCGCCGGGCCCGGGCGGCCGCAGCGGUGGGGGCGUCGGUGGCGCCGGGGGUCCCCCCGAGGCCCUGCUGGCCCCGCUGAUGCAGAACGGCUGGGCCAAGGCCACGCUGCUGCAGGGGGUACCGCACGACCUCGACUCGGGGCUGCUGCCCACGCCGGAACAGACGCCGCUGCCCCAGAAGCGCCUGCCCACGCCGCACCCGCACUCCCACGCCCUCGCCCCCCGCGGCUGGGACCAUGGCCACCCCCUGCUCUCCGCCUCCGCCUCCUCCUCGCUCCUGCUGCUGGCCCCGGGCCGGGCCCCCGAGCAGCCCCCCGCGGGUGAGCCGGCCCCCGAUGCCCGCCUCUACACCGCCCGGCCCGGCCGCGCCUCCCACGGCGACUUCCCACUCACCCCCCAUGCCAGCCCAGACCGCCGGCGGGUGGUGUCAGCACCCACGGGCCCCUUGGACCCAACCUCAGCCGCCGACAGCCUCCCUCGGCCCUGGAGCCCACCCCCGACGGGCAGCCUCCGGAGGCCGGGCCCCCACGCCCCGCCGGCCGCCGCCCUGCGCCGCACGCACACUUUCAACAGCGGUGAGGGCCGGCCCAGCGACCAUCCCCGGGGCCGCCACGCCCGGCCGAGCACGGACUUGGCGCACUUCCUCCCCUAUGGGGGGACAGACAGGACUGCACCCCCCGUGCUCUAGGGCAGGGCUCCGUACGCCUUGCCAGUACCAGCCACAGGACCCAGGAGCGAGAGAUGGCGGAACCCCAGGCCCAGCCCAGCUCCGCGUGGGUGCUGAAGACCCCCGCCCCACCCUCGUGGGGUGGGGGGCUCCCUCUGCCACCCGGAAGCACAAUGAGCUCUCCCCCGACCCGGCAUCGCCGAACACGGAGAAGGUUGCGGGGCAGGGAGGGGCGGGAGGAUUUGCUCUUAUUUGAGAUUGACCUGAUGCGUAGAUUUUGAUUUCUUUCUAAGGUUUGGUUUCUUUGGCGUUUUCUAACCAAUUGCACAACUCUGUUCUCGGGGGUGGCGGCCAGGGGGCUUUGGGGGGGCUAGAACCACCCACCCAAGCCGCCCCCCCAAAGGUCCCUCCUCAAUCCAGGCCCCCAGCGUGUGUGGGUGUGUGUGUGUGUGCAUGCUGUGUCCGUGUGUGAGGGGCCAGGGAGCAGAGGGAGGCAUGUGUGUGUGCCCGUGAGGGCUGCUGCUGGCGUGUGCAUGGGGGUGGGCCGCGUGUGCGGGGGGUGUGUGUGUCCGCGUGCGAGCGUGGCAGCGGUCCCAGCAGCCUGAGUGUUGGCUGAGCCAACACUGGGGCUUUGAAAAGGCCAGGGGCCUCCAGGGUGCCGGUUGGGAGUUUGAACCCCAGCUCUGCAGAAGGAAGGAGGCAUAUGAGGGGGUUCCAGGUAGGGGGACGGGGUGGGCCUGCCCAGAACUUAAUGUUGUCUAAAGGGCUCUGGGGUCUGGGGGGCGGCGGAGGCAGGCAAGCGCCCCUGUAAAUAUGGCCCCAGGGUGGUCAGAGGGUCCCGAGCCACCUGUCCCCUUGUGACCUCCCCCCUUUGACCUCCAGCUGACCGUGCAUGCCACGUGGCCAGCUGAGUUCUGGACCCACUCUGGAGUUUGCCUCCCCCAAACCCUCCCCAUCAAUAAAACUCUGUUUACAACCACCGGC